AGCGAGCAAGUUGGGAAUCUUUCUCUCUCUCUCAGGUCUUUGGUGCUUCAAGAGUUGUGAAAAAUGAGGGGCUCUCUUUGUCUCUCAUUUGUGACCUCUGCAAAUCUCUAUUACACAGAGGAGUGUUAGAGUUUCUCUAUAAUGAAGAUGUAACGACUGUAUAUAAUUGUAGUCGGCUUUGAUUUCAUAAAUAUAUGAAAUUCUUCACCAUGAUUUCCCUAUUGCUUUGCUAUUUCAUGGGGGCUUUAACAGUUGUAAUAUUGGAAGCAGUGGCCCUUUUCUUUGUUGUCCGUCGCUUGGGUCAAAGAAGGCGGUGCCCUAAUUCCGAGUCAUGUGCUCCCGAAUUGGAUGCUAAUCAAUCGCUUCAUUUCUUGCUCAAUAAACAGGGUGCAUCUUCCUCCAGACCCUUCCACUGGCAUGAUGUUCUCACUCUAGAAAUCCGCAUAUUUACUUUUGACCACCUGCUCCUGCAACUGUUGUGCUUGUUUUGAGAGUGUCUACCACCACUUACCAAGCAACACUUGGUUUGUUUCUUGAAGUUUCUUUAUCCCCUGCUGCCCCAUGUUCUUUGAAGCAAAGACAAAGCACAACUUUGGGAGUUGGAUAGACAUCAUUUUAUCAUAGUUAUCCUGUCCCAAGGGUAGGAAUCUGACCAUGAGUUUAUCAGAGAUUGGAUAGACAUGAGUUUUCCAAGCUUGACCAUCUGUGAAGUCUGCACUCAUAAUUAUGACCGAGCUGGCCUAUGAUUCAGUUGAACCUCUAUUCUGAUUUCCAUUUAACUUGAAUUUUGUUUUCUAUCAGCCGACAUGGUAAUAAGAUUAUGACCUGCUUGCUUAGAUCCAGAUUACGUGCAUGAGGCAACAGGGAGUAAUUUGGGUGCUCGAACCAGAUAAAAUUCCGAUGGUGUUUCCAAAUGAACCUCGAAGUAAAUCUGGAAAAGAACCAAAAAGCAAGAAAGAAACUGUGGAGGUGUUUCCUGUCAAGAAAUAUGCCAAGAUUCAAGAUCGAAACCUUAUCCUCACAGACUUGGAUGGUUCUGAGGCUAUAAUUGAGCUCGAGGGUUGUAGAAUCAUGGCUGUUUCUGCUGGACCUUCAUCUUCUAGAAAGUGGGCCAAAAGGUACCCCAUCAUACUGGAAAGCAAGAAUGCUGCGAUACUAAAUGGAAAGAAAACCUGUUAUAUAUAUCUUGAAACUUCUUGGGAGAAGGAAUCUUGGUGCAAAGCCCUUCGCCUCACAUCCAAUAUGGAGAAGGAAAACCUCAACCGGUAUAAGAACAUAAAUAAGGAAUUUCAUCACUAUUUGUCAUCCUUGAAUGCAGAAUAUCCUUCAUUUUUGAAGCCAUCCACUGGGUUUGGAGAGCCAAAAGACAGGGUGAAUAGGAUUGAUGGGCCUUCCUCCAAGGUUCGUGUUCUUUUAAAAAAGCUUGCUAAUAAGGCUUCGAAAAAAGGAGGGGUUGGAAAUAAGGUGGGUUCUCCACUAAAUUCAAAUCGUGAAGAGAAAAAAAAUAGUGAUCGGUCACGUCUUAUCCGAGAUUCAUCAUCGGCAAGUGGCUUGACAAAAGCUGCUUCAACCAAUAAACUUACUAGCAUCUCCUUGGAACCAGAUGCAAUGCUACCUUCGUCAUCAUUUUUAGCUAAUUAUCGUUCACAAAGUCAGAACUCUACCCUUUCUGAUGCGGAAUCAGAUACUGGAGGUUGUACCAGUUCAGACAGUAUUCAUGAUAGGCCGCCUAUCAGUGAUGAAGGGACUCUUUGUUGUAAUUUGCUCUUUUCUAGGCUAUUCUUUGAUGCAAAAAGAAGUGCACGUUUGACCAGUUCCAUACGAAUGCUUGUAGAGAGAGCAUUGUCAAACUUGAGAACCCCUUCUUUUGUUAGAGGAAUAACGUGUAGUGAGCUGGAUGUUGGGAACCUUCCACCUCAUAUUCAUAACAUUAGGAUUCUCCCUGUGGACUUGAAUGAGAUGUGUGCAGCAGAAAUUGACAUUGAAUAUUGUGGUGGUGCACUAUUAGAUAUCGAAACAAGGUUGGAAGUUCGCGAACCAGACUUCAAACGAGACCUUGUUGAUACAAGUCUUGAAGAGAGCACUGUUGGAGAGGCAACAGCACAUCUGCUUGAGGGAGUUGAAUAUUUUGGUGACCAAUUAAGGUUUACAGAAGAUGCUACAGGGGGGACAGAGAAUAGAGGAGGUUUGGACAAACCAGACCUGAUGCAGAGUACCGGUUGGAAAUCAACUUAUGCAUCUCGUUGGAAAUCUAUAUUGAAUUCUGUGGCUGAUCAUGUUUCACAGGUGCCCUUGUCCUUGGCAAUUCGAGUCACAUCUCUUCGAGGAACACUUCGAAUACAUAUCAAACCUCCACCUUCUGAUCGUUUAUGGUUUGGCUUCACUUCAAUGCCAGACAUUGAGUGGGACCUGGAGUCUUCCGUUGGAGAACAUAAAAUUACCAGCGCACAAAUUGCUUUGCUCAUUAGCAAUCGUAUUAAGGCAGGAUUGCAUGAAACUUUGGUUCUCCCGAACUGUGAAAGUGUGUGCAUUCCAUGGAUGCUAGCUGAUAAAGAUGACUGGGUUCCUAAGAAGGCUGCACCAUUUACAUGGGUCCAUCAAGAAGUUGGUGAACCAAAUGGAUCCAAUAGAUAUGAGCACCAUCCUGUUGGAGUUAUUAGACCUAGGGCAGAGGCUGAGCAUGAGAUUAACCAUUCAACGGACAGUUCAUUAAGACCAAAGGAUGCACCAUACCCUACGCAACCCACUGAUGAGGUAUCAUUCUCAAUGGGUGCAGCGAUGCCUCCCUCGAGUUCUUCACAAUCCAUGCACAGCCAUGGUAGGCUUGAGGAUCUGAAGUUACCGCUUCUGACGAGUGAGGAAGAAAUGGAAACUAAAAGCAUUGAUAGAUCAGAGACUUCUGAUAGCACCCAAGCUGCUAUUCUAAGAGGGGAUGAACAUAGGAUCAAUUAUGCAGCUGAGAACGACAAGUCAAAGAGUGUAGGGAGGAGAGCGAGGAUGAUGGAUUUCAGCAAGAAGAUGGGUGAGAAACUCGAAGAAAAAAGGCGGCAUCUCGAAGAGAAGAGUAAACAUCUUGUGGAGAAAAUGAAAGGAUAUGAGAUUUGAGGGCUGGUGGUAACACUCUGUUCAGUCCAAAAUCUCCACAAAAUGCACAGUUGAGAAGCAACCACCAUUCAGAUUGUUUGUUGUGAGAAUGUUCUUAUGCCUUUAUUGGUUUAUUUGGUUUGUAUAUUCGUACAUGUCAAAGAAACGGUGUUUUAAGAGCUCCCUGUCUUGACAUUUCUUGGGGCCCUCAGAAUGUCACAGGUAAUAUUCACAAUGAACAUCAAAACAAAGUUCAUAUAUCCAGUUUUGCGCA